CACUGAGCCAAGAGAGAGAGAGCAGGGAAAAGUUGAGAGAGAGCCAGAGGGGCAGGCUAGCAGGCAAAGGGAAGAAGAAACUGGGGCUAUCCAGGAAGAAGAGACAGGACCGUCCGAGCCAGCAGCCAUAAGUCACCGGGGCUACUGCAGCAGCACUCCUCCUGUCCAUCCUCUCUCUCUCUCUCUCGCUCUCGUUCUCUCUCUCUUUCUCUCUCUGACUGGGGCUGCAGCCUGCCUUUCUCUGCAGAGGAAGCGCUGGCUGGUGGAAUCGACUUGACUGCAGCCUAACUGACUGCCGGUGCGCAGUGAUUCUCCCCUGGCUCAGCUCAGCUCAGCUCUGCCGUGCGUUCGUCCUCACUGACUCAGCUGUGCUGUGUAGUCAGCCUGCUGGUCCAGCCUCUCGGGAACACAGCCACAGGAAGAGUCCUUCUGACGGGAGUGUUUUGGGGCUGGCAGGCAGACGCACUGCAACCAGGACUGGCUAACAACACAGUAGAACGUGGUGCCUCGGUUGGGACCAGAUCAGACGCCCAGGCACAACACACAACCAGACCAGGGGGACUCUGGGUUACAUCGACCUGACCACCAGAGGAGUUUUGACAGGAUAACUCCAGCCCAACGGACCCCGGGCUGGAUCCCACAGCAGGGGGUGUUUUGGACGGGUUCAGAGUGCCAUGGAGGUCCAGGGGAGUGGGGCUGAGCAGCCCAGGUCCAGGUGUCUGUUGUCCUCACACACCGCCUGGCCCCGGACCAGCCUGAUCAUCACUCUGCUGCUCAGUGUGUGGUCUGCUCAGGGCCUGGAGAUGUCCACAGGGAAGGUCCCGUUCCUGGAGGCGCUAAACGGCAGUACUGUGCUGCUACCCUGCACCUAUGCCAGCUGUAUCGGCAUCAAAAACCUCUACUUCAACUGGCAGUACAACGACAAUGGCACUAUGCAGAAGGUUUGUGAGUCGGUGAUUCCGGCAGACGGGAUGGAUCCUCAUCCAGUAAGUAUCUACCGGGAGCGGGUGGAUUUUAUCGGCACCAGUGAUCACAACAACAUCUCCAUCCUGCUAUGGAACAUCACCUUUGAGGACGAGGGCCAGUACACCUGUUUCGGACGCAACCCCAAAGAGAAGGGCAAGAACCACAGCGCUAUCUUUACCCUUGUCGUGGUGGACGAGUUACGAGUGGUCGACAACACUCUCACCAUCAUAAUUGCUUCUGCAGUGGGCGGAGCCAUCGCCCUGCUGAUGACUUUCAUGCUGGUGAAGAACUUCAUCCUCUUCGUUCUCUUCAAAAUCGAGGAGAAGAAAAAGAUCGAGUGCCUUGUACAAUCUUCCUCAGCAGAUGAAACAAACAAUGUCUCAGGAUCCAGAACUUCGAAACCACCAACACCAAAGAAGAAAUGAGAGUACUUGCAUGUAUGUACAUCCAUAUAUAAAUAUACAGUUAUAUCUAUGCAUAUAUUUAUAUGCAUAAACAUGUGUAUGUACACAUGACUCCAUGGGCAGGUUUCUUGGGCAGGUUUUUUGGACUGAGAAGCACGUCCGAUGGAGAUUCUUUAUUGAAAGUGUUUGUUAGUCCAAUAAGCUUAGGCUGUGUCCAGGAAACCGCCACCAUACGUUCAAGUAGAUAUAUUAUUUUUUUAAAUUAAACACCUAAACCUAGGACUGUUUUUCAUAUGAUAAUAAAAAGAGAAAACAAUUAUGAUUAAUUUAAAAUAUGCUUAAGAUGGGGAAUAAUGCUAUGUAAUAAUGCUGUUUAAACUGUGCUGGAUCCUGCUCCUCUCUUCACCAACCAACCCAGUUCAACUGAAACUGUCUACAAAUUCAAAUGUUAUGUUUUGUAGAAAAUAUAUGGGACAUUAUUCACAGUUUAAUUCAAUCUCCAGUGGCAUUAUGCCACUUCAGAUUCAGCUUCAGUCCUAUUGAAUAAUACCUCUGAUUCGUAUCAAGUUUAGUUUAGUGUUGUUUAGAAUACAAUAUUAACUCUGCUAUUCCAAAAGUAAUUCAUUAAGCCUAUUGUAUCAUAUUUAGAAACGAAGGUCUCUAAAGGGGUGUUGCUGUGGUGAAGAGUGAGAAAUGAUCCAGUUCAGAACAUAAUACCUUUUCUUUGCUUGAUAUAAAACACUGGUGCCUGUUAGCGCUUCUAUCUUCCUCUGCUGGUAGGGAAGACUAAAUACUGCAAAACCAUUUACCAAACGCAGCAAAACGCAAAGGAAUAAUACUACAAGCUGAUGAAUGAAAUGAUAGACAAUCCCUUGAAACCAACCCCCUAGAAAAAUGAAUAAACCUCUACUAAUGCUGCUUUUAAGACAAAUAACCUUAAUGCAUUUAUAAGCAUGUGAAACCCCAAGGCAGAUUUAGAGACACAAUGCUUGACAAUAGAAAUGUACUCUCUCUUGUGUUCUUUUCUGGAAUCCCAGAUUUAACCACAUGUAAUGUGUUUAGUUCUGCUUUGAAGCUGGUUCCAAAUCUGCUCACAUCAUGCCAACCCCCACUACAUCCAGUGUGCAUCCAAUGGUUGGCUAGGCUAUGCACAGUACACUAUUAGGUAGUGGGUUUACUGGCUUGAACAUUUCUAUACUAUGUCCACUUACAAAUAGCUCUCUCUUUGUUGUACUGAACACAUUUACUCAGACCCAUGUUUUUACACACUGCAAUAAGUACUCAUAUGCUGCAGCGCAGCGGAAUUUAUGAUGGUUCAUUCAUGGCUCAUGAUUCAACACAAAUUCACCAUGUGCAGAAAACAGAUAUCCCUCAUCUACAGUCAUUACGGAUACCUCCAUUAACUACACCAUAAAGAGAUGCAUGGGGCAGCAGUUAUGAUGCAGGUAGAGUGAUAGACUGGAACAGAUCUUUACUGGACAGUGUAUAAUAGACACACAACUAAUAUCCCAUUUUCAGCCCAUUUAUUAUGACAAAACUGGGAUAACCCUGAGAAACCCACAUCUGAUCAGGAAUGGAAUGUACUCCUUUCAUUGGGUUCCUAAGUUACUAUGGAAAUCCAUCGCUAUUGAACUGCAAUGGCAUAUAUCCAAUAGUGGUACGUUUAAGACGCUGAAUGUCUCGUUUUCAAAAUACCUUCAGUGUGUGGGAAAACAUGCAUGUUCAGGGGAGAACUUAAUGUCUAUGUCCAUUGUCUAGGACCUUGCUGCAUCUGUCAUUGUAUAAACAUAACAAAUAUACCUCCCUCAAUCACUCAAGUUGUUUCUAAUGUGGACAAGCCCCAGUAUUGCUGUUCCCAUAGCAUAACCCCCAAAUAAGUGCACUGGCUUGUAACAAUAACAGGAGGGUCUUUUGGGAACUUUACUUAGAAAUGUAUAUUUUUGGGCUGUGCUAGAAGUGUAUGUAAACCACAGAGAUGUGUUGUACCAGUGGAGCAGUGAGUUAGUGAACCUAAAUAGUUGUAUAUUUAACAUGAGGGUAAAGUUGAAUUAAUGACCUCAGCUGUCUUAGAUGGGAACAAACAUAUGGCAUGGUUAGAUCAUAGACAGUAGUAAAUGUACUAUCUCUGGUUGGACACGGCUUUGAGCUUAUGGAACUGAAUCCCUGGCUGAUUCAUACUCUCCUAAGAUAACAGUGAUACUAUGCAAACACAAACAUGACUACUGAGCGGAAGACAUUCAUGUACUAUAGGACAGGCUCUCCCAAUGGGAUCUGCUUUCACAACGCUGCCCAGACAUUACAGCAACAUGACGAUAGCUAUUGCAGGAUUCCAAUAUACCAUUUUGAGUUCUUUACUGUGAUGAUAAUGUGAGCAAUAAAAAUGACAAGAGCAACAGUAAUCAAAGUAGGUUAUGGGAAAUGGAGUUCUGAUGAGCUGAUCCAGGGUAGAUAGGGAACAUAGGCUUAUAGUGCAGGGGUAUUCAGUCCUUGAGGUCUAGAGCACUGCUAGUUUUCAUUGUUUUUAACCAGGGACUGUCUGGUUCAGACCUGUGUGACACCACCAGUGAACAGAUUUUCUGGCCAAUCAAUGAUAUUAAUCAAUCAUUUAACCACAAGGGAGACAUACAGAGUAGUGCAGACCUCGCUGCUCAGAUUUGAAUACUCAUUUUGCCUGUUAAUGCACAGAUGUAUAGGCUUCCCCUUCUCACUCUGGGAAGCUAGCCUCCUAUUUCUGUUUCUAUGCGGCACUUUGUGAAUGUUUGGAAGGCACAGAGUGGUGUCUUUUCGCAUGUCUAGUGUGUAGAGACCUCUGUCUAUUGUUGUGUUUCUGGUGUCCGGCUAUGGCUCAUCUUCUAUUCUGCAUAAGGGGCUGUGGGAUGGAGUCCUGUGUGAGAAAUCCUCUAAAAGGUUCCUGAAUGUAAGAACCUGUGGAGAUAUGCAAUAUACAGUAUGUAAUUUAAAGGAGCAACAAGAUUUUAGCCAUAAAUUAAAUUUCUUCAUGGUUUGUUGGAGACUGCUUACAAAUGGCUUAGUAUAGCUUCUUACCUUAUCACAAUCCAAAAAAAGAUUGUUUGAAUACGUUUUGUAUUGCUAAAUGUUUUUGCUAUUGUUGUCAACCUGACAAACGAGAACCAAUCGUGAUACAGGAAGUUGUACACAACUAAUUUGCAGCUUCACACGGCAUUCUAAAAAGUAGGUUUCAUUCUUGUGAAUUUCUAUUCCUUUGCUACUGCUGGCAUGUAAUUGAUAUUUGGCGCUAGUUGCAGGUGGAAAUGUUACAUGUAUAACCUCUUAACAAACAUACUUAUAGCCUAACUGUGAAAGUGACACGUGUCCUGUUGAAAUGCCCUUACACAGUACUGUAGAGGUACCAACUGUCUUCCCUGUACCCUAUUCUUUUGACAACUGUACUGAAAGAACUGGGUAGAUGAAGCAAUAUGAAAGUGAAAUCUUUGUCGUUUGGAAAUUCUGAGAACACUGUUGUACCAAGUUGUAGUAGCAGAGUUGCUGAAAUAGUGACCUCUCUAUCAUCCAUUAUUGCACUUUUGACAACAGAAUGUUUGUGAAUCUAUAAUGUACCCAGACAUUACUGACACCUUGGUCCCACAUUGCUCUCCCAACUAACGUGAAUGUACAGUCAUAUUUCUCUUUACUCCCUCUCAAAUGAUGCCUCCUCAUGUAAUCUCUCCACCAUGCAUAUCAGCUCCAUUUUACUUUAUUAUAAAAGCCACCAGAAUCCAAUAAACUUUUAAAUUAAA